AUGAAAGAGUUGAGCCGGGGGGAAUGCGUAGAUCUCAUAUCCUCGUGCACGACACUUCCGGAUGCCAAGAUCAUCCACGCGCGAGUGGCGUGCAGCCCGCGCAUGAUCGAUUCGGGCCUCUUCCUCUCCAAUCUCCUCAUCCAGAUGUAUGGCCGGUGUGGCAGCACCGCCCACGCCCGCCGCGUCUUCGACGCCCUGGACGUGAAGAACGUCUUCUCCUACAAUCUCUUGCUCACCGCCUACGCCCGCAACGACCAGAUCGACGACGCCAUCGCCCUCUUCGAUCGCAUCCCCGACAAGAACCUGGCCUCCUGGAACGCGAUGCUCGCCUCCUACGCACGGAUCGGCCGGAUCGGCGACGCGCAGAGGAUCUUCGACGCGAUGCCGGCCAGGAACACGAUCUCCUGGACGGCGAUGCUGUCCGCCUACGCGCAGAUCGGCGAGACACGCCUCGCCGCUGCGAUCUUCCGCGCGAUGCCGGAUCCGAGCCUCGUUUCCUGGAGCGCUAUGCUGGUUGCGUGCGUUGACGCCGGGGAUUUGGAGGGCGCGAUGGCGCUGUUCCUGGCGAUGCCGCUGCGCGAUCUGGUGGCGUGGACGACGCUUCUGGUGGGAUUUGCCGAUAACGGGCAUCUGGACAGCGCCAAGCGCGCGUUUGAUUCCAUGCCGGAGUGGAACAUGGUAGCGUCGACCGCGAUGAUUGUCAUCUUCUCUCAGAAGGGAUCCUCGAAGAAGCGAUUUCUAUCUUUCGAUCGAUGCUCUACAGGGAUCUAG